UAUGCCUUUGAGUACCUUAUUGAAACAUUGAAUGACAGUUCGCAUAAGAAGUUCUUCAAUGUACCUAGACUUGGAGGCACCAAGUAUGAUGUUCUGCCUUACUCAAUACGGGUCCUGUUGGAAGCUGCUGUGCGGAACUGUGAUGGCUUUUUAAUGAAAAAGGAAGAUGUCAUGAACAUUUUAGACUGGAAAACCAAACAAAGCAAUGUUGAAGUGCCCUUUUUCCCUGCCCGUGUUCUUCUUCAAGAUUUUACUGGAAUACCAGCAAUGGUGGAUUUUGCUGCUAUGAGGGAGGCAGUGAAAAUUCUUGGAGGUGACCCAAAGAAGGUCCACCCUGCCUGCCCGACAGAUCUCACAGUUGACCAUUCUUUACAGAUCGACUUCAGUAAAUGUGCAAUACAGAAUGCUCCAAAUCCUGGAGGUGGCGACCUGCAGAAAGCAGGAAAGCUCUCUCCACUCCGAGCACAGCCCAAGAAGCUCCCCUGCAGGGGCCAGACCACCUGCCGAGGAUCGUGCGAUUCUGGAGAGCUGGGCCGAAACUCAGGAAAAUUGUCUUCGCAGAUUGAGAACACACCCAUUCUCUGUCCUUUUCAUUUGCAACCAGUGCCUGAGUAUGGGAUUUUUUUUUUUUUUGUGGGAUUUAAAGGCUUCCAGAUUGCGGCCGAGAAGCAGAAGGAGAACGUCUCUAUUCAUUACGGAGGAAGUGAGUACCAGCUGUCCCACGGGUCUGUGGUCAUGGCCGCGGUCACCAGCUGCACCAACAACUGCAAUCCGUCCGUCAUGUUGGCCGCAGGUCUUCUGGCCAAGAAGGCCGUGGACGCCGGUCUGCAGGUUAAGCCAUACAUAAGAACAAGUUUAUCUCCAGGCAGUGGGAUGGUGACCCAUUACCUCAGUUCCAGUGGCGUGUUACCGUAUCUCAGUCAGCUCGGAUUCGAAAUAGUUGGCUAUGGCUGUUCAACCUGCGUGGGAAACACAGCACCCUUGUCAGAAGCAGUUCUGAAUGCAGUCAAACAGGGUGAUUUGGUUACUUGUGGAGUCUUAUCUGGAAACAAAAAUUUUGAAGGUCGUCUUUGUGACUGUGUUCGUGCCAAUUACCUUGCCUCCCCCCCGUUGGUGGUAGCUUACGCCAUAGCGGGCACCGUGAACAUAGACUUCCAGACGGAGCCUUUAGGCACCGACGCUGCUGGCAAGAACAUUUACCUGCAGGACAUCUGGCCCAGCCGCGAGGAGGUCCAUCAGAUGGAGGAAGAGCGUGUCGUACUGUCCAUGUUUAAAGCACUGAAAGAGAAAAUGGAGAUGGGAAAUAAGCGUUGGAAUUCCCUAGAAGCACCAGAUUCUGUGUUGUUUCCGUGGGACUUAAAGUCCACGUACAUCAGAUGUCCUUCAUUUUUUGAUAAGCUUACCAAAGAGCCAGUUGCCCUGCAGCCCAUUGAAAAUGCGCAUGUCCUCCUGUAUCUGGGGGACUCGGUCACCACAGACCACAUAUCGCCCGCGGGGAGCAUCGCCAGGAGCAGCGCCGCGGCCAAGUACUUGACAAACAGAGGCCUUACUCCUCGUGAGUUCAACUCCUACGGGGCCCGCAGAGGCAACGACGCUGUGAUGACGAGAGGCACGUUCGCGAAUAUCAAGCUGUUUAAUAAGUUCCUUGGAAAACCAGCUCCCAAAACAAUCCAUUUCCCAUCAGGCCAGACGCUGGAUGUGUCUGAGGCCGCAGAGCUGUACCAGAAGGAAGGGGUCCCGCUGAUCAUCUUAGCAGGGAAAAAGUACGGUUCUGGGAAUUCCAGAGACUGGGCUGCCAAAGGACCGUAUCUGCUGGGUGUGAAAGCUGUUUUGGCUGAAAGUUACGAAAAGAUUCACAAAGAUCAUUUGAUUGGAAUUGGCAUAGCUCCACUUCAGUUCCUUCCGGGAGAAAAUGCAGAUUCCCUGGGCCUCUCCGGCAGAGAAACGUUUUCUUUAGCGUUUCCUGAAGAACUGUCUCCUGGAGUUACAUUAACUAUAAAGACAAACACUGGGAAAGUAUUCAGCGCGAUUGCUUCGUUUGAAAAUGACGUGGAAGUAACGUUGUACAAACAUGGAGGAUUAUUAAACUUUGUGGCACGAAAAUUCUCAUAGUAUCUACUCCACACGGAUACCCUUUGAGAACUGGUAACUGCGAGUAACGCCUUUUGUGCUGGAUCCAGGGAACCUCGCCCUGGAGCUGCAGACGGUCCCGUGCGCUCACCGAUCUCACCAUGGGUGUAAAUGAUUAUGAAUCAACAUAGUGACUGAAAUGAAAUCUUUCUGAUUUUAAAUAAUCUACGAUGGUGCUAUUAACAUUGCUCGAAUCAACGUGUGAGGUGUGCUGUGGGAGAGGCCUGUAAGUAUGGGGUAUUUUAACAGACCAUUUUGUAAAUAAAGGCAGAAUUUGAACUUGUGUUGAAGAUUCUUACAUGAAUAAUCUUCCUGAAGUUGUUUGUUUGGUUUCGCACCCAUAAAACUGUAUACUACUGUUUGUUGGUUUAAGACUAGCAGGUUGGAAUGUAAGAAGCCAGAUUAGGCUCUAAAAUUGUGGAAGUUGGAAUCUCAUUUACAAAUGGACUUUCAGACCUGAGCUGGACUUGGUUGGCAUUCACAGUUUGUAGUAUAAGCCGGGGUCAUCCUGGUGUCCGUCUGACCGCGGGGGCUCGACGCUGCCCCAGACACAGUCCUCGUGUCCCGUCUGGCCCAGGCCCCUCCACACGCGACCUGGGGCUUGGGUCGCAUGACGUCUGAACAGUGAACAUACACAGCCCACCGUGUUCGGUAAUUUGCUCCUGUGCCCACUGGCCAGCCUCAGAUGGUAUUCUAGCAAUUGGAUUCGAGCAUUUUGCUCACUUGAUGUGAUACCAUUACUUCCUGUAACCUAUUAUUUUAGGUAUUGUUAACCCAAAUUCCACACUUUCGUAGUUGCUAAAGAGAACUUAAUCUUAAAUGCUAAAAUGAUUUCCACUAGACUUUUAAAUUAUCCACCCUAGAUUAUAUGGUUGCUGCUCAAUUCUAAGCAUUUUUUUAAAUGUUAGUUAUUUCUUAAUUAUUUAAAAAUUGUUUUUCCGUCAUUUUGAGUCCUUAUUUUACCUGGGAUGCAUGAUUCUAUUCAUUAUGUUUCUGUUUUAACCAAAGCUAUCAGGAUAAAACACUUAAAUUGUUGCUGUCUGGAUAUCCUACUUUCUCCACACACACGUCUAUUCUGUCAACAAGACGUUUGGCGACUUUUAAGAAAAAGGUUGGAUAAUUAAUUCCAGAAAGUUCUAUGCCUUUUUUUAAAUUAAGAAAUUAAACUUAGCAAAAGGUUAAUUGUAGAGAUUUUCUUUCACGUGGAGGUCUUCCUCUGACCCAGUUGGUUUGCUGCGGCUCGGUCAUCCCACGUCCCGCACAGAAGGAAGGACUGUGUUCUGCUGAAUUUUAGCCAAAACUACUAGAGUGGGAGGUGCAGACCGCUGAGAACUUGGCACAGAAGCACUCACACAAUCUCAGUCUUCUGAAAAUAGUCUGCAAAUCUGUGUUCAGACAAUCACGUGGACUGGAGUCUGAGAAAAUGAUUUCCCUUCUUUAUUUAAAUUUUUCAAAACUGUUUUCUGUGGUACUUUCAUGCUGUGUUCUUGAUACGUUGUUUCGCCCGUGUAUCUGUCCAUGCGUGUGUUUAAUUUACAUGAAAACAUGAAUUAGGGGGAGUGACGAGUCGAAUGUUAACGUCCCUGUUGCAUGCUUGGAGGCGGUGUCUUCAGACCGUCUGCGUGGGGACACGUCUGUGUCAUCCGUGGCCAUGGGCGGAGGCGUGGUUGUGGGCAGGGGUCCAGCGGCCGGGCCAGGAGGCCGGGCUGGUGCCGGUUGGCGCUCUGAGCGGAGCCUUUGCGUUUCCCCUCUGCCUAGUCGGGCACCAGGACAGGCAGACCUCAGACCACACAGCGGAGCAGGGAGCCUGGCGAGCGAGGCCGGCGUCGGAGAGGAGGGUCUGGGUGUGCGCCCUGGUGUGCGCCUACGCUCCUGCCCCUGGCCAAGCGCUCUGUGUGCAGAGGUGACGUCUCAUGCUUUCAUUGGUUUACCGCCUUUGUUGACUGUGUCUGGGUCAUUUGGUGUUUAAAAAGAUGCACAAUAUUGUGGAAAGGAAGAACAGUAGGCACGAGAGAGAAGUAAACGAGUGCUGUGAUUCAGAGUACGGCUCCAGAAGCAUUCGCAAGAGCAGCACGUUUUUCAUCUUGAGAAACGCUGCCACCUGCCGUUGCCAUGUUUCCUGCCUUCUGGUGUUGCUGCUCCUGGACAACCAGACUAGAGGGCCUUCUGCCCAGCCGCCGCGUUGCGUUAUCACAGCUGAACGUGUCCGAGACGACGGUGGUCGUCGGUUUCUGAACGAGAGGGCAUCACAGUCGCCGUGGCCGGACUGCUCGGCGCGUGGCAGGGCAUCGCCUUACCGGUUCCACGGGAAGAGUGUGUCCAGCACCGACAUCGUCGGCAUACAGGGGCCGUGGCGAGCGCGUUCGCCUUCUCGAAGGGGGGGGACAGGAGGAGGGGACACGAUUGCACUGAUGUUUUUCUGUCGUGUUAGAAGACAUCUGUCUUUGCCUUUAGGUUUAGGAGAAGGUGCUCCGAUCCUGGAUGUUGACUUGGAGGAAUAAAGCGGGGAGCAGACAGACUUAGGCUUUUUCCCCUGAGGUGUGAUAGUGCUGAUGUUUCUAUCAAUUUUACAUCUAAUAUAUGACUAUGAACCCAUGUAUCUCAAGUAACUAGAAAUCAUUGUCCAUUAUUUAAAGCCAACAAAACAGUGUAACAGUUUUAAGUUCAAUAAUGUUAAGUAUUGUAUAAAAAUAUAUUGGAGGCAAAGUUCAGUUGAUGACAGUUGUGUAUAUGUUAUUGAUGCUGUAAAUUAUUUUUAAUAAAGAAAAUUGUAUUAUCACA